GCGGGAAGCUGUACCAAUCAUCUGGCACCUCUUACCUUCGAAUUUAAGUUUCAAGGCUAUCCCGGUAACAUUAUAACUAUGCCUAAAACCCAACGCAUCCGUUUCGGUAUACUCACGCCCUCCUCCAAUACCGCACUAGAGCCACUUUCACAACAAAUCGUCUCCCAACUCCCUGGAGUCUCAGUACACUUUUCCCGCUUCCGAGUGCUCAAGAUCGCUCUCGAUACAAACGCUCUGGCACAAUUUGACAACACACCAAUCAUCGAAGCAGCGCGCCUUCUCGCAGAUGCAAAGGUUGAUGUGAUAGGCUGGAGUGGUACCUCCUCCGGGUGGCUCGGAUUUAAAGCGGAUGAGAAACUGUGUGAAGAGAUCACAGCCGCGACGGGUAUUCCGGCCACGACAUCGGUGCUGGGUCUGAAUAAACUGAUCAAGCGGCUGGAGAUUAAGUAUUUGGGAUUGUUGACUCCCUACACGGCUGAUGUACAGGCUGCGAUUAUCAAGACUUACGGUCGUUAUGGUGUUAAUUGCUCGGUCGAGAAACAUCUUGGCAAGCAUGAUAAUGCUAGUUAUGGCAAUAUCACGGAAGAGGUACUUGACAGAGGUUUCUGGGAGUUGGUCGAGAGAGGAGCAACCGCCGUGAGUGUGUUCUGUACAGGUCUGAACGCAGCUCAAUUAGUGGAUCGGUGGGAAAAGAAGUCUGGGGUUGUAGUGUUAGAUACUGUGGCGACUGUGCUGUGGGAUAUGUGUGUUAUCACGGGGGUUGAUAUGAAAGCGCUUAAAGGAUGGGGUUCGUUGUUCAGUGCACAGGCAUAAGUUAAAAGGGUUAUUUGAUUCCAAACUUUGAGUCUGGCUUACAGAGCUGUACCCAUGAUGAAAAUUACAAUAAUCUUCC